GUUUUGAGGUGGUCUGCAGCGGCGGCACGGCGCGCGAUCGAGUUGCUAUUGCUUUGGCUGUUGCUGAGAUAGGUCGAUCCGCACGUUGAUGCUAAUCUAGGACUGCGAGGGCAGACGUGCGGCCGGUGACACACUGCAGCUCUCCCUCCUGCUCAUGUGCCACGCUGGACCUUAACGGUCUUAGCGUCGCGAGCACGCAUAGCCAGACGCUCACACUCCACAGGACUGCUCAGCGAUCAUCUCUGAGACCCGUCGAACCGACAGCGUGCAAGUAACUGCACCGCGAUGGCUCUCUACAGCCUCGCCAUGCUGGCCUCGGCAGCGGCGCUGCUAGCGCCGCCAACGCGUACCAAACACAGCACCCAGCUGCAAGCCGUCUGGUCCAACGCCAACGCCAUCAAGGACUACCACAACAUGCUGAGCGGCGUCGUCAACGAGCGGCUCGACGACGGCCCGGGCGUCGUGCUCGGUUUAGAUGGAGACGCCUUCGCGGACGCCUACGCGAAGCUCGCGCCGGGGACGCCGGACCUGCGGAUCAAUUUUGGGGACGCGCCGCCGGAGACGAUCAAGGGCUCGGACGAAGAAGGGGAUCUAAACGAGUACCCGAUUUAUGUGAUCUGCAUGUCGCCCGACGCGUCGUCGUCAUUAGAGUAUGCCUUAGAUGCCAUACCCGAAGACAAGAAGGAAGAUUUAGUUUUUUUACAGAGAGGAGACAUGAUCGAGCCAACCCUCAAGAAAAGAGGCCUGGCGAGAGAAAGGCAGACGCAGGCCGUGCUGUACUACGGCUUAAAUGAAUUCGGCAAGAUCGAGGACGAUCGAUGCAGCAUUGGCGAGGACGCCAUGGGCCAGCAGAAGUUCGCGGCCGAGAGUUGCGUCACCGGAAAGUGGGCAGGCGCCGUCGCCGACCGGUGUCGCCGGGCGGGCUUCUUCUGUGCGGAGUUCUUCCAUCGAGACUGGCGGCGGCAGAUGAUCGAGGCCGUGGUCUUUGAGUCUACGUAUAAUCUGGUCGGUGCCGUCCAUAAACACGUUCCUGUGUCGGAGGUCCACGAGUUCUUCGGGGGCGAGGUCGACGACAUGCUCUACGAGAUCCAACGGGGCCUUCGCGGUCAUUUGGCUGUUACUUUGUUAUCAGGUUUUGAAGAGAGGAUGGCCGCGUACGCGGCCGCGCAAAAGCGGUCGAAGACGGACAAUCGACUAUCGAGCUGUUCCGGGUCGUCGCCCUACCGGAACGCCUUCUUCUACGCCAUUUCGACGGAUGCUCUUGCAAGAGAGUUCCCGGACCCGUCGCCGACGCACACGGAGUACUGGGAGUUCGCGCGCGAGAACGGGCUGCUCGCGGACUAAGAUUCAAGUGCAAGUUGCUAUGGGCUCGC